AUGCACUCAGAGGCGAACUCGUCACCACAACAGCGAAUAAUCACCUCUGAGCAGUGGGUGUUCGACCGAAAAGGAUCUAGAGACGAUUCCAAGAACCAAGGUGAAAAUCGACCCAAGCGAGCCUCUUUGUCAAAACAGGAGCGUGAGUCGCGACGCAAACAGCGAGAACUGGAGAAUGAGCAACUGCAGCGGGAAUUUCAGACGGUGCAGAGCGAAAACUCGCGGUUAAAAUCAGUGGUGGCGCGAUUAAAGCAGGAUAUUGAUUCGUACACCCGGCUGAUUGUAGCAGCAUCCAAGAGUCAGAAUGGUUCUGGUAUAGCAUGUAGGGCGGGACUAGGCAGUGCGACUUUGGCGGAGGCACCCUCCGGGGCCUCCAACGACGAUCUACCGCCGAUGGAGACGCUUUUGGUGAAUACUCCCAAACGGCGCAAACGGGGCCAGAAGCUCGACCCUAGCAAUUUUGCCAUGGGCCGCGACAUAGAGACAGAUUCCUGGAUACAUGACGACGGCCCUGGAGUGCUCAGAAACACAGAAGCAGACGUGAUGCUGGCGCCGAGAGCCCCGGAUCUGGGGCCCGACGACGUGGCUCUGAUGAGCAAGCUCAAAGACGUGCUGGCUGAGAUGGAAUAA